AUGGUUGAUGUUGGCUUCAGGGCUGAUUUGAUCGUUAAUUUGCUGGUCUACGGCUGCGCACCCGCCUGGUCGACCCACCUUUCAUAUGGAAAAAUCUUUGCUCCUGAACUACAGGGUGAAUCACUGGAAUAUCUGCUGUCAAUACUAAAGCCCAACAAAGUGGUGGGUGUAAGAAAACUCUUAUCAGACUCAGCUAAGUCCCACAUCCCACUGUUUGUCUUGACCUUCUUAAGCUCAACUCCACCCACCAAAAUACAAAUAGGGUACUGCUACGUCAGAGUAGAUAAAUAUUACCCCAACCCACUAAGAUGUGGGCAAUGCUGCCGAUAUGGGCACUCCCGUGCCAGAUGCUCAAACAAACUACCCUCAUGCAGCCACUGCAGUAAAAUGGGACACACAAGAGAGAGCUGUACAGACAUCAACCUGCCCCCCAAAUGUCUAAACUGCAAAGGCCCACAUGACGCCACAUCCAGGCAAUGCCCAAAAUACUUGGCUGAAGUUCGUGCAUGUCACCUAACUGCGGAUGAGGGGCUCAGUUUUGCAGCUGCGAGAGCACAAAUUCAGGCUGAAGAAAGAAACCCGGAUUCCUCUGCAACUAUGCCUCGCAACCCAGCAAGCACAACUCCUCUUCACAACAGUAACAACCACCAAAACAACUCACCAACAACAGCCCCCCACAAUCUAGAUCUCAACUCUCUGAAGGCUUUCCCCACACUGACACAGCUCAUUGCAGAAGACUCAUCAUCCUACAUCCCACCUUACCAGAUACCACCCAAUGAACCCAGCUGGAAUAGGGGCCCUCCAAGUACACCCAGAACACACAACCCCCCAACGCAAGCUCCUUCUUCUUCACUACCACCACUACACCAUUCACUCACUCAAACCCCCUCACACAACACAAACCCAAACAAAAUAGGCACACAAUCAAAAUCUCUAAACAACAACAAUGCAGAUCAGCUACCACAUGCCUUCAAACAUGACCAAGUACACAACUGCCCAAUAACUGCGUCACACGCCUACACUCAGCAUACCACAACCACCCCUCACCCACCAACAAACCAUACAGCAGACAUACUCCAAAUUAUAACCAAAUUAGUGCCAAUCAUCAUACGCUUGUUCUUUUCAACACAAAUCACAGACAAGGCCAAGUGCUUCCUCGAGAUUGGCCACCUACUGCAUGCUGACUCAACUGUUGUUGACUCACUUGCACAAUUCGGCCUCACCUCUAUCUCCCAAUGAACUUCAAGAUCAUUCAAUGGAACAUCCGAUCCCUGCUAUCCAACAAGCCUCACCUAAUGCAACUAAUAUCAGAACACAACCCAGAUGUGCUAUGCCUACAAGAAACGUUCUUACAGCCUAACUCU